ACCCUGGAAUGCAAUGCUGGGCAAACCUACACUGUCCCUAUUUUUGGAAUGUACCGUCACAAAAAAAAGACGUACACCAAACCAAGCUUCUCCGAAGGAUAAAACCAAACUCGUGCGCGUUCCCUUCCCGUGGCUAGGACGGAAAAAGGCGAGCCCCUAGAGCCCUUCCUUUGUUCGGUACUGUCGGAAUCAAUGGGACUCAUGGCGCAGAGCGCCAUGACCGAUGGGGGUGAAGACGCGUUGGUUAAUUCAGAAUUAAUGAACGAGGUGCAGUUACAGCAAGUUGAUAAUUUUGCGGAGACCGCUGCCGGACAGGACGGAAAGCUUCCUCUCCGUUCUCUCAAUACGCAGCAUUCUUUUCUGAGCUAUAUCCAGAAGUCCCCUCUGCUCACCAAAGCUAGAAUUUUUCAAGACAAAGGGAGCGAACCAGAUUACCGUUCUACUCACGAGCCUCGUCACCACGUGCUCUUACUGCGGGAGCAGCAAGUGUCGUUGGAACUUCUCAAGCCCGAUCAUUCCAGUCAAGCACGAAAGUCUUCCCCCAUGGUAGCCAUGAUCAAUAUGGUCGCUACUGUCUGCGGCGGCGGGGUCCUUUCACUCCCGCUUGCUUUCUCCAAGGCCGGUAUUCUUCCGACUACGCUGCUUAUGAUAUACGGCGCCCUAACGACCGAUCUCUCCCUUUACUUGCUAGUGGCGUGUGCUCGUCGGACCGGUGGUCGUUCUUACGGCGAUGUCGCCAUGGCGGCCUUUGGUAGUGCCGCGCAAGUCGUCACAACCGUCACACUGACGACCAUGCUGUGUGGGGCGUUAAUUGCCUACCAAGUACUGGUCAAGGAUGUUUGGACUCCGGUACUCUUGACUACUGUUCCUGGGUUGUCCGUGUCGUUAGGGAAAUUGUCCGAUCGUGAAGCGUCGAAUCUGUUGCUCGCUGGAAUUUUGCUGCUGGCCAUGCCGCUCCUGCUGAAGAGAGAUUUGCACGCCUUACGACACACUUGCUAUGUUGGCUUUGGAAGUUGCAUCCUUCUACUAGUAGCCGUUUUCUUUCGUGCAGCGCAGAAGAUUCGUCACCAAAGCGUGCACGCGGCCAUUAACUGGUACUCCACGGAUCCCGCCGAUUGGUUGUUUUGUUUCCCGAUCGUCGUCUUGUGCUUCUUUUGUUCCUACAAUAUCUUGGAGGUGCAUGCGCAACUCAUGCACCCAACUCGACUGCAGAUCAAGCGUGUCAUUGACCACUCCAUGAUGAUUUGCUUGGUCCUCUUUUAUACUGUCGGUCUCUGCGGGUAUUUAUACGCUGGUACCGCUACUGCCGACAACAUACUUUUGAAUUUUCCUUUUCAAGAUUCGGCCGUGUUGGCCGGCCGGAUUGGCUUUUGCUUUACCCUUUUGUUUGGAUUGCCUCUCGUGCUCUUACCCUGUCGAGAAGCGGCACUUUCUAUUCCUGCGCAUUGGCGGGCUUGGCGUCAGGACGUCGCAGAAACGCGCAAGUUUCGACUGCUGGCCAGGGAACGAAACAAUUACGGUGCGCACUUAAUUGUCAACGGUGUCGACUUCGAUGCGACGGAGCCACAUCUUGUGAGCAAGACAAGGCACGGUGCCUCGCUCAGGUACGGAACGGCGUGCAUUGAGCAGACCUUGUCAGCGGAUGAAACCGACGGCACGGCAACGAAUAGUGCGAAUAGCUCAUGGACGCAAUUGGUUAAUAGCGACGAACAGGGUAUGAGGACUGUGGAUUCAUGCCCAAACGACUGUUUUUUACAGAGCUGGAAAGAACAGUUCAGCAACGUUGUACCAACAGUUGUGAUUCUUCUCGUAACCUAUUUUGUCGCCAUCAGUGUGCCGGGAGUGGCGGCUGUAUGGAGUAUUUGUGGCUCCAGUAUGGCUAUAUGGAUUGCCUUUAUCGUUCCUACGGCGUGCUAUCUAAAAAUCCGUGAGCACAAGGGCUUGACGCUGCUUGCGUCGGCUGCAUGGCUUCUCUUGAUUACGUCAGCCAUUGCAAUGGUUUUGUGCACGCGACAAGCGGUCCAGAAUGCUACCUCGGGAUCCUUUUAGAUCAAUCUCAUACUUUAAUUUUAAAUUUUGUUUGUAGUAAAUUAAGAAGAGCCAUUGUGCGGUU